AUGAGUUCAAUCGCAAGAUCGAGGUCCGUCGUCUUCGACCAGGACGUAAAUCGACGCCGAAAAUCCUCUGUUGUCCUCGCCGAAACGCCUCAAGUCGAGAGACCCUCUCGCCGACACGCGCCCCGUGCAUCAUCCCAAUGCCUCGUCCACAAGUUGGUCGAAAAGACCUCCCUCGGCCAACAGCCCAAAGUCGAAUCCAAGCUCGAGCAGAUCAACGAAUUCGAGCCCAUCAAGCAAGGCUCCGGCUCGGGUUCGGCCACCAAUGGAGCUGAUUAUCUGAACGAGGAGGUCCGAGCUACGCAAUCACGACUCCUGACGAAGAAGCAGCUAAGCGAAAUGGCUAUGAGCGUGCGGGCGUUGGCCAAAAAGCUGGGGAAUCUCAAAGUCCGUCUUCGAAUCCGCACCAUUUUUCUCCUGACCAAGGCGCAUGAUCAGUCAUUGAUAGCAAAGACCCAAGAAGUAGCAAGGUGGUUGCUUUCGAAAGAUCGGGCUGUACCGUACAUUGUCUACGUGGAAGACACCAUGAAGAACAAUAAAGCAUUCGAUGCGAAUGGCUUGAUUGCCGAAGAUCCCUCUUACGGCGACAGACUAAAAUACUGGGACAACAAUCUGGCCAAGAGACACCCACAUUUAUUUGAUUUCGUGGUCACCCUCGGUGGCGAUGGAACGGUGCUUUACGCAAGUUGGCUGUUCCAAAGGGUCGUCCCGCCUGUUCUGUCCUUUGCCCUCGGCUCUUUGGGCUUCUUGACCAAAUUCGACUUCAACGACCACCAGCAUAUCCUGACACAAGCCCUGCGGGAUGGCGUGACUAUCAGCCUGAGAUUGCGGUUCGAAGGCACCAUAAUGAGAUCAUAUAAACGCGACGAUGACGCCGAGAAUCGUGACAUCGUCGAGGAGCUGAUUGGAGAGGAAGCCGAUGACCGAAAGACCCAUAAACCAGACCGAAGCUUCGAGAUUUUGAACGACGUGGUAGUCGACCGCGGGCCUAAUCCUACUAUGUCAACGAUAGAGCUUUUUGGAGACGAGGAGCAUCUUACCACUGUGCAGGCUGACGGGAUUUGUGUUGCGACCCCGACCGGCUCCACGGCUUACAAUCUGGCUGCCGGCGGAUCGUUGUGUCAUCCUGAAAACCCGGUCAUCCUUGUAACCGCCAUCUGCGCGCACACCCUUUCGUUCCGACCCAUUAUUCUUCCGGACACCAUUGUGCUGAGGCUUGGGGUGCCGUAUGAUGCGAGAUCCAAUUCUUGGGCGAGUUUUGAUGGACGUGAGAGAGUCGAACUUUUCCCUGGGGACUACGUGACCAUAUCAGCCUCGCGAUAUCCCUUUGCCAACGUGAUGCCCCCAGGUCGUCGCAGCGAAGACUGGGUCAACAGUAUCUCGAGAACUCUACAAUGGAACUCGAGACAGCGACAAAAGGCAUUCAACGAGUGGGAGGGACCGAAAGUGGAAGAAGGAGAGUUCCUGGACCAACCAAUCACAAAAGAGGGAGUGAUCGACGGUAAUGGUAAUGGCGAUGGCAAAUAUAAUGAAGAUUACUUCAAUAGCCAAGGACGCAACUCUGACCAGGUGAAGAGUGGAGGAUGA